AUGGCGUGGAUUCGACGGCUUUUGUUGGUGUUUGCCCUUGGCGUUCUCCCCGCCGUGUUGGCGCAGGAGAACCCUUCCAGCAAACCGACCUUUCCUGUUUGCGCGACAAAAUGCAUAGCAAGCGCUUUUGCCGGCGGCUUUUGUGCUCCCACGAACCAAACCUGCAUUUGCACCAACGCCGACUUUCAACUCAACGUGACACUCUGCGUAUCUGCAAGUUGCACAGUACCGGAAGCGUUGGCUACCAAAAAUGCGAGCCUCACAAACUGCGGCGCCCCCGUACACGACCGAUCCCAGGAAUAUGUCAUCCUGUCAAACACAAUGGCUAUCAUGGCUGCCGUGUUUGUCCUGGCUCGAUUUGGCUACAAGAUCUUCUUCGCCGGCCUCGAUAUCGGAUGGGAUGACUGGUUCGUCAUGGCGACGUUGAUCGCCGCCAUGCCGAGCGCUAUCAUCACAGUCCACGGAACAACAAAGAACGGAUUAGGACGAGACAUCUGGACUCUGGAGCCGCAGAGUAUCACCAACGUUCUCUUCUACUUCUACAUCAUGGCUUGGCUGUAUUUCCUGCAGGUGACGCUGGUCAAGCUGGCCAUCAUCUUCUUCUACAUGCGAAUCUUCCCAGCGAGAGAAGUGCAGCGUGUUCUGUGGGCCACGACGAUCUUCAUCAUCAUCUGGGGGUUCGCAUUUGUCGUAACAUCCAUCUUCCAGUGCAGACCAAUCCACUACUUUUGGACUAAGUGGGACAUGUUGCACGAGGGAAGCUGCGCAAACGCGAAUGCGAUCAGCUGGUCCAACGCCGCAAUCAGCAUCGCUCUCGAUCUUUGGACCCUGGCCAUUCCGCUAUGGCAGUUGAGGUCCUUGAGAUUGCAUUGGAAGAAGAAGGUUGGCGUGGCGUUGAUGUUCAUCGUGGGCAUGUUUGUCACCGUCGUCAGUAUCAUCCGACUGCAAUCCCUUGUCGACUUUGCAAAAGGCUCCAAUCCUACAAUGGACUUCUUGGACGUCAGCAUUUGGAGCACAAUCGAGAUCACCGUGGGCAUCAUGUGCGCCUGCUUGCCAUCAAUCAGGAUGAUUCUUGUCAAGUUGUUCCCGGUUAUGUCCGGCUCAACUCUUCGGAGCAAAGGACAGCGAUACUAUCAGUACGGAAGCGACGUGCGGUCGAAGAUGACGCGUAGUCAACCACGCACUAUCGGAGUCGUCACUGUGGACAGGACAAACUCUGACGAGACAGAGGACCGCCAGAUAAAGUUCCAGAAAACAUUUACCGUCUCUUACAGCGAUAGUGACGAGUCGAAUCUUGUACCUAUGACUAAUCUGCAAAGACCGGAGAGGGUUCACAGAUAG